AUGCUCUUCGACUUCAGCCUACUCCAGCUGAUCGUCGCCUCGCAAGUGCUGAAGCACCGACCUGGUCAGGUCAUCUGUGCCAAGUUCCUCAAUUUCGAGCAAGAUGGCUCAACCAUCACUCGUCAGUCGACUUCUGUGUGCCCGCAUGACACGAAGAAAGAGGACGAUCGGUAAGCCGUUUUCGUAUGUAGAUUGUGGUGAACUGUAAACGUUAGGUUUAAGACACUUCUGGUUUACCUUGCUGCCAGGGCCGGGCGGGGACUUUUGGUCUGGGGACGGGGGUCCAAAAAAUCGGCACAGGUAGCAGCUACCUGUGCCGAUUUUUUGCGAAAAUUUUUUUUCCGAAAAUCCACAGGGAGGACCACGUUCAAUUUUUUUCAAAAAAUUUUUUUUUGGGGGGGGAGGGGGGGGAGGUACCUCCCCCGUCCCUCCCCCCUUCUAGCUCUUUUCUCACCUCUAAAGACAUGUAUCUCGAAUCAUCAGAAUAGCCAAAGCCUAACGAGAUGUUUUAGACUAAUGAAAAAGUAGCGGAAUAAAUCAAAAUGUUUUCUGUAAACUUGACGCUUACAGGGAAUCGACAAACUAAACGCAUUUUUUUGUUUUUUUAGCAAGUUCAAGCUCUCCAAAGAUGGUUUCACUGCCCUGAACUACGUCUUCUCUUUGAAGAACAUCGACAAUCUGUAUGUCUAUGGCAAGACAGACUCUGAGUGAGUUUUUAUUAUUUACUGCACAAUUAUUGUUGAAAAUAUCCGUCGGCUCUUGUUAAGUGGCUUAUAUGGGAUGAAAAAGCGUAAAAAGUAACCAAAAAGUAAUUUUUGAAAACUGCUAAUAGCUUAGGCUAGCGAGUUACAGUACUCUCUAUGCUUACUCUCUAUGUUUAAAAGUACUCUUAACCCUAUAACGGGUAAGUUGUUACAUAAGGCUAGGGCUAACUUUUAUUUUUUGUUAAAUUUACGUUUUUUAGGCAUUUGUUGGUAAACUUCGAUGAAGCUAAUGCAUUUUCUGACGUUCAUAUGGGAAAUACAAAGUUUUGGAUGGUUGGAGAUAUAGUUGUGUUUCAAGUAGCGACCCGUGACCUCAUGUUCUAUCUCAAUCAAAGAGCUCGGACGUAUUUUGAUAAAAACUUGAACCUUUACGAAGAAAAAGGAGUUGGAAGUAUCGAAAACGGAGAUCUUUGGUUUCCUGGUGGAAAAUGCAAGAAGUUCGAACAGAAUGGCAACAAAUUCAACUUGGUUGAGUCAAGCUGCUCCGAUCCAGACAAACUGCUUCUGUCGUUGGUAGGUUAAUUUUUAUAUCCUUGAUGAAAAAGCGUGAGAGGUUACCGGGAAAACUGUUUUCAAAAACUAUUAACUGGCCUGGGCUAGCGAGUUACAGUGCGCUCAAUAUUCUUGUUUCAAAAUUUGAAAAAAUUUGAAAAUAUUUUUUAAAGGUUCUAAAAGCAAAAAUUAUGACUAAUUUUUUUUAAUUAAAAUAUUGUUUGGCUAGCCGUCUUCUCAAGGCAAAAUGCCAAAAUAAAGUCGGCUGGAUUUGAAAUUUUUGUCUUCUGCGCGUCAGGCCAAGCUCAACGUCUUGGCAACGCUGAAUUGAUUUCUCAGUUCAUUUGUUUUGCUCAGGACAAAAGAGUAGGGCUAAAGGGGUUUUCUAUUUAAAUUCCUUGACCGCGAAUAUCUCGCUAGCCAAAAUCAUUUAAUAGUUUGAACAUGCUUUUUCUGGUAACUUUUUACAUUUUUUAAAAUUAUAUAUAUGUCUUGUUUUAAAGGCCAAGAUAUGUUUGAUGCAAUUUCCUUGUAAAUAAGUCAUCGUUGUUAGGACUACUGUAGACUUUUGUUGUUAUGUUUUGAAGUUUUAAAAUUUGAUUUUAGCCUGCAUUGAAAGAAAGCGGUGCCAAGUUGAAUGGGGAGCAAUCCAGUCCGAACAACUUUGCCAUAAUGUAUUAUGAGUAAGUGGUUUGUUAUCAGUUUAUGCCAUUGAAAGAGUUGGACAAAACUUUUCUGGUACUUUAGUCCAAAGCCCUAACCCAGAGCUCUAGCCCAAAGCCUUAGCCCAAAGCCUUAGCGUAGAGCCCUAGCUCAGAGCCUCAACCCAGAGCCCUAACCAGCCUUAGUCUGGUCCUCAACCUAAUAGUGAAUAUUUUUAGGCCGGAACCCACGACAACGACUGUUCCCACCACCACUCCCACAACCACCGAAGAACCCACUGUCGCACCUUCUGUUGCGACCGAAGAGACAACGUGAGUUUAUAAUUUGUGAAACAUUUGAUUUUUCCUUCUUGGGGUCUGUAGUUAAAAGUUACGCAAAGCCUUAAGCAUUUUUGAAUUUAAAAGUUGGAUUUUAUAUGAACUUGUCAAUGAUUUUAGGGUAACCGAAACUACUACUGAAGCUGAAGCCACUGAGUCGUCGGGACCAGAUUUUUGGCUAAUGUAAGUUUUGUUUUUGUAUUAUAAGUAUUGGGACACUUUUUAAUUGAAAAUGAAUGGAAAGUGUCCUACUACUUUAGUCUAGAAUGUUUGAAAAGAUGUCACUUUUGUCGGAUACUGACGACAAAAAUAAUGUCAUAUGUUUUUGUCUUGUAAAGUGAAUUGUUUCUGUUGUAUAAUAUUAACCUUAAUUUACGUGUUUUAGCAUUGUCAUUGGUGUCGUGUUGUUGGUGAGCUUAAUUGUUGGAUUGGUAGUAUUCUUUGUGUGCAAAAACAAAAAGAAGGGUGGUCCAAAGAGCACAACAAACACUGUCCAGGAGGCUCCUAAUGGUGGUGCAAAUGCUGGUGCGGGUAAUGCUGCUGGUGCAAAUGCUGGUGCUGGUAAUGCUGGUGGUGCAAAUGCUGGUGCUGGUAAUGCUGGUGGUGCAAAUGCUGGUGCUGGUAAUGCCGCUCCUGCUAAUGCUGGUGUUGCUAAUGCUGGUAAUGCUGGUGCUGCUAAUGCUGGUGCUGCGAAUCCUGAUGAAGAAGAGCAAGAAGAGGAAGAGCCAGAGGCCCCUCCUGCCGGACAACCACCAGCCCGAGCUCAGCCGCAAGCCGGAGCUCAGCCGCAAGCCGGAGGACAGCCAGCACGCCGCGCCGGUGCUAGACAGCAACAAACUGGAGGACAGCCGCGAGCUGGAAGACGAGGCCGCAAUCAAAGCCCAGCACCCGCUGCUGCUCCACAAUAA